AUGGAGCGGGGGGAAAUUGGCUUGGACUUCUGCAGAUAUUUAGUUCUUGAUGAAGUAGACAGAAUGCUUGACGUGGGUUUUGAGCCUCAAAUUCGGCAAAUUGUUGAACAAGAUGCAAUGCCUCCAAAGGGUGUUUGUCAGACUAUGAUGUUUAGUGCUACUUUCCCCAUAGAAAUUCAGAUACUUGCUCGUGACUUCUUGGAUGAAUAUAUCUUCCUGGCAGUUGGCAGAGUUGGUUCUACAUCUGAAAAUAUUACUCAAAAAGUAGUUUGGGUAGAGGAGUUGGAUAAGCGUUCAUUUUUGCUGGAUUUCCUGAAUGCUACAGGAAAAGACUCAUUAACACUAGUUUUUGUGGAUACCAAAAAGGGAGCAGAUGCUCUUGAGGACUUCCUGUACCAUGAAGGUUAUACAUGGAGAUCACUCUCAGAGAGACAGAGAAGAAGCACUUCAUCAGUUCCAUUCAGGGAAGAGCCCAAUUGUUGUUGCCACUACUGUUGCGGCUAGAGGCCUUGAUAUUUCAAACGUGAAACAUGUUAUAAACUUUGAUCUGCCGAGUGACAUGGAAGAAUACAUACAUCUCAUUGGCCGUACUGGUCGUGUUGGUAAUCUGGGUCUUGCAACAUCUUUUUUCAAUGAAAAGAAUAUAAAUAUAAAACAGGAUUUGUUGGAUCUGCUUGUGUAAGCAAAACAAGAAGUACCAUCAUGGUUGGAGAACAAGGCACUCGUGGCCAUUCAAAGAGUCGGUUCAGCGGUGGAUUCGGCAAUAGAGAUUAUAGAACGAGCAGUGGUGCACCAAAUAGCUUUGGCAGCAGCAGCCGUGGAGGACGUAGUAGUGGGCAUAAAUGACGAAAGAUAAGUCCUGCGCUCACUCCCAUCACUGGGCGGCAACAAUGACUACAGUACACAUCAGCCCCAAUAUAUAGUAAAAACCAAAGAAAAACAAGUUACCUGCGCUCUCUCCCUAAUCCCUAUGUAUUUUUAAACAAAUGGAGGUUUUUUUAGUUACCUUCAAUGGCCAUGAGAGGAUGAGCCCACCUGCCAACGUCAAGGCAGACCUCCCUAGGUGGGUACUAACUCUAACCAUUCACCUUGCUUCCUUGAGCCCCUGGCAAAAAUCUCUAAUGAGACAGAAAGGGGUAUUUUUUAUAUACACCCCUAUAUAUUAUUAACCCUUAAUAGGGAAAACGCUGCCUUGACGUUGGCAGAUGGACUCAUCCUCUUAUGGCCAUUGGAGGUAACUAAAAAACCUCAAUUUGUUUAAAAAUACAUAGGGCUUAAGGAGAGAACGCAGGUAACUUGUUUUUCUUUGGUUUGUAGUAGUGGCCAUGGUGGUAGCAGAGGAUUUGGUGGAGGUGGCUAUGGUGUAUUCUAUAACAAUGAUGGCUAUGGUGGGAAUUACGGUGGCAGCUCCCACGUGAAAUGACUCAACCAAACAAGCUAAUAUGAAAACCACAUGUAACUUAGCCAGACUAUACCUUGUGUAGCUUCAAAGAACUUGUACAUUACCAACUGUGAUUCUCCACAGAAUUUUGUUUUCCAAGGGAGCUCUGGGCCAUGAAGAUAAAUUGGGGGGAAUCAGGGGGAAGACUUACUCUGGUGUUGAAGACUUCAUUUGUAUAGUUUUGGAUUAACUCCCAAAUCCACCCCGAUCCCAACAACUGUAUUUAUUUUGACUGAGGAUAAUUUGUUUAAUGUACUGUGCCUUUAACUUUAGACAGCUUUUUUUGUCAUGUCCUGUUGACUCAGUAUUGCUCUAAAUAAAAAAUUGUUAUGACAAAAUAAAUGUAUUGAACUUGGGCAAGAUCAAACCUUGGCACACAGGUGUGAUACAACUCAAAACAGGAAUCGUUUCAUUCACAAUGAAAGGGACACUAUAGUCACCUGAACAACUUUAGCUUAAUGAAGCAGGUUUGGUGUAUAGAACAUGCCCCUGCAGCCUCACUGCUCAAUUCUCUGCCAUUUAGGAGUUAAAUCCCUUUGUUUAUGAACCCUAGUCACACCUCCCUGCAUGUGACUUGCACAGCCUUCCAUAAACACUUCCUGUAAAGAGAGCCCUAUUUAGGCUUUCUUUAUUGCAAGUUCUGUUUAAUUAAGAUUUUCUUAUCCCCUGCUAUGUUAAUAGUUUGCUAGACCCUGCAAGAGCCUCCUGUAUGUGAUUAAAGUUCAAUUUAGAGAUUGAGAUACAAAUAUUUAAGGUAAAUUACAUCUGUUUGAAAGUUAAACCAGUUUUUUUUUUUCAUGCAGGCUCUGUCAAUCAUAGCCAGGGGAGGUGUGGCUAGGGCUGCAUAAACAGAAACAAAGUGAUUUAACUCCUAAAUGACAGUGAAUUGAGCAGUGAAAUUGCAGGGGAAUGAUCUAUACACUAAAACUGCUUUAUUUAGGUAAAGUCAUUUAGGUGACUAUAGUGUUCCUUUAAUUUUAGAAGGAAAAACUUGUGCAGUAAGCAUGCAUUAUGGUUUCUGUUAAAUUGCCACUUUGGGGCAAAUACCUUGAAGCAUAUCAGACAAAAAUAGUUCUAAUGUGGCGAACUGUAACAAGCUAAGUUCCGAUUUGCUCACUCUAUCCUGGACAGGUACAUAGAACCUGAAGUCUUCUUAAUAAGCCAUUCCAGUCACAACGGUGUGUUGUGUAUGAACGUUCAGGCAUACAAAGCGCUGUUUUCAGCGAAUGCAAGAAAAUACAGCAAUUCCUUUAACAAUGUCUAGGCAGAUCAUGACUUGUGAGCUAGUCAAAUAUGGGCCGAACACACAAGGAAAAUUAAAACAAUCUGAGACUUGAAAUAGUUUGUGGGAGGUAUCAUCUUUAAAUUUAUGUACGCCUGUCAUGAAAUGUGGCAGAAUGGCUAACCACAGCAGUAUGUGGUUCUGUUCCAGGCUUGGCUGAUUUUGGUCUAAUAACGCAUGCUAGUGUUGAUGUUUUUUGGUCAAGAGGGUAUGAACAGGAAGAAUUAUGCAGCAGGCUUUAUUUUAAUGCAGAUAACAUUACUCUGUUCAAGCUGCGUCGGGAAGUUAAACAUACUUGGCUUGCAGUAGACUUUGUAAAAUGGCUCCAGACGAUUAAAUUAAAUAUCAGUGGUGGUAAAAAAUGUACAUGACUGCACAACGUGUCAAUCUGCUAACAUGCGCAGUUUAGUCAGUUUUAGUUAUUAUUAUAUUUAUUAUGAUAUUUAUAGAGCGCCGUCAAAUUCCACAGCGCUUUACAAUGGGUGGACGAACAGACAUGUAGUUGUAACCAAACAUGUUGGACACACAGGAACAGAGGGGUUGAGGGCCCUGCUCAAUGAGCUUACAUGCUAGAGGGAGUGGGGUAAAAUGACACAAAAAGGUAAGGAUAGUAUUAGACUAGUGACAUAGUUGCAUAGGUUUCAUUGUAUUUAAUAUGUAAAUGCUAAAUCUGGCCAAAGACUUAUUCCCAUCUUUUUUUAACACUCCACUGCCACUUGAAAUUUAACCCCUUAAGGACACAUGACAUGUGUGACAUGUCAUGAUUAACUUUUAUUCCAGAAGUUUGGUCCUUAAGGGGUUAACUUACCGUAUGUAGCAAAAUUUAAAAACUUGGUGGCAUAGGAUCGGCAAAUUCUAAAGUGCAAUAUAUUAUACAUGCGUAUUGUGCCUUGCGGUAAACUUUUUGUAAGUGCACUUGACAGUAUUGAGGUCAUUUGUUAUGGUGCUAUAUAAAAUAUAGGCGGCCCUUGUACAUUUAGCCCAUAACUUUAUAGAAAACGUAUUUUAUUGCACAUAUUGUGUGCGUGUCCUUUUAACCUCAAAUCUAUAUGUCUCUGAGAUGAGUGGGAGGCACACUUCUUCAGUGUAGGGCAAGAUUGAGACUUAUUAGGGACCAGGGGUGUAUUUAGUUGGGUAAGGAAACUAUUUUGCACACAAUCGAUUUCUAGAUACUUUUUUGCUGCUAGUUUUGUGUAAUAUUUAUUGAACAUUUUGACAAAUAUUUAUUUUUGUAAGCCUAAGUGAUUCUUUGAACGUUUAAAGAAAUUUGACCAAAAGAGAGUACAAAAACACUGGCACUUGAAUGUUGAAUGUUAACGUAUGCGUGAUAUUAUAUAUUUCGGGUUAGCGUGAGCUUUUAAUGUUAAGUCAUAUUAAACUCUUUUAUUAAGCAGACCCAGUCUUGGCGAUGCAGCCAUAACUUUCUGGUGUAAUUGAAAUUAAAUUGGCAAUUUAAAAUUAAACAUGCUUAAGAUAUUAAUGAAACUCUUCAAAACACUGAUAUGAAGUGUCCAGAUUCUCAGAUGUUUGUUGUGUGAGUUUUGUUUAGUUGUGUGGUUUCAGUUUUUUUAAUUAAAUUUUUUUUAUUUCAGUGAAUAUCUGGCACAUUGCCAUCCUCAAACGUGGUUAUCAUAAUGGAAAUAUACAGUGAUUUGUCUUCAAUGAUUACAUAUUAGCAAGUGUAUUUUAGCACCCAUGCCUUUCUUAAAAGAUUGUUAAAAAAAAUAAUAUGCAAAGAAUGGAUUAAAACUUGCUAAAUGUCAAAAUUGACUCUCAAGUCUCUAGUUUAGGAACUAUUCAUUGUACUAAUUUAGAUGCUUAGCAGUGCAUGUGCUGUGCAUUACUGAUUUUAUUACAAAAAUAAAAGUUGAAUGGCAAAAAUAAAAUAAAAUGUGCAUUUAUUAUUUUUCACAAUUAUUUUCCCAAGUCCAAAAAUCCUACUUGUUCUGCAGGCAACGUUAUCAUACGUGAAAAUAGAUAUUAGUAAAGAAAAUAUGUGCAUUAACAUUAUUAAUUAUGUAAGUACUAGAUUUUUAAAUAAUUAUAUAAAAUAAAUAUUCACAUUGUGCUAUGAUUAGAGUUGAGCGGACACCUGGAUGUUCGAGUUCGCCGAGUUCAGCCGAACUUCGUCAAAAAGUUCGAGUUCGGGCUCGAAAUUGACCCUGAACCCGAACCCCAUUGAAGUCAAUGGGGACCCGAACUUUUCGGCACUAAAAUGCCUCUAAAAAGUCCUGGAAAGGGCUAGAGGGCUGCAAAAGAAGUAAAAUGGGGGUAAGAGUAGGACAAGUGCCCUGCAAACAAAUGUGGAUAGGGAAAUAACUUAAAAUAACAUAAAAUACAUAAAAAUUAAAAAUAAUAAUCUUGAACUAGGAGGAGGAGGUGGAUGUGGAGUAGGAGGUUGAGGAGGCGGUGACCGUGGCGGUGUAGGUGGAAGCGGCGGUGGAGGAGGAGGUAGCCAACACUGUUUUUUAUUUGUUUGUUUUGUUUUUUGUUUUGUUUUUAAUAGGGAUAGCCCCCAAAAUAUUGGGACAUUCACUAGAGUGUGUAGUUAUGAAUGUAACCAUUAAAACUUUGUUUUUACAGCCACUGGGUGGCCCAUACAUAUUUUAACACUUGUUUAAUUUUGUUAUAGCAUAACUUGUAGUCUUGUUUUUAACUUGUCUAUAAUACAUAUUUUUGUAUGACACUUUUUUUCAUUGAUUAUUGAAUUUUAAUGGUCUAAGUUAAUUAAAGGGACACUCCAGGCACCCAGACCACUUCUGCCCAUUGGAGUGGUCUGGGUGCCAACUACCACUACUCUUAACCCUGCAAGUGUAAUUAUUGCAGUUUUUUAUAAACUGCAAUAAUGACCUUGCAGGGUUAACUCCACCUCUAGUGGCUGUCUACUAGACAGCCACUAGAGGGCACUUCCUCCUUCAUAGCACAGAAAACCUGUGCAAGAUCGUCGCUGGACGUCCUCACGCUGUGUGAGGACCUCCAGCGUCGCUCAAUUCCCCAUAGGAAAGCAUUGAAAAGCAUUGAAACUGGAGUUUCCCUUUAACAUGUCAACAGGCAAACGUAACCCGAAUGAUUUGUCUCAGCCUUGCCUUCUAUACUACCUGCACCAUAGGCAACAUUUAUUUGUCUUUAGACUUUCUUGAGAAGCGGUAACUAGCCAGUGUUGCACACAUACACCCCAAAUGUACUAUUUAGCACCAAAAAAAAUUUAAUUUGUAAAACUGCAAUGUAACCACAGUAAUUGACGGUUCUACUUGACUCUCAGAUAUGAAGUGCACACCCCAAAUGUACUUUUUAGCACCCAAAAAAUUAGAAUUUUUAAAACUGCGAUGUAACCACAGUAUUUGACGGUUCUAUUUGACUCUCAGAUAUGAAGUGCACGCCCUAAAUGUACUUUUUAGCACCAAAAAAAUGUGAAUUUUUAAAACUGUGAUGUCACAGCAGUAUUUAAAAAUGCCUACAUGUUGUCCACUGAGCUCACAGCAGUAUUUAAAAAUGCCUAGAUGUUGCAGAUGCUACCAAAACAGGAUUAAAGUAAUGUGUCUAGCACAUUAACAAAAAUACUGAUUGAUUGUUUCUCUGUGGCACUGGGCUCAGGGCAGGGUACAAUAAUGUAGGAUUGUACCCACAAAAAUAAUCGCUGUAGUUUGCAGAUUCAACACCAGAAUUCUUUCCUAAUCUGUCCCUCACAGCUGCAGCAUCCUCUCCCUACACUAAUAACAGCUCAUGUGACGUGUGGCGCUAUGUCACUGCAGCUUAUAUAGAGGCUGGGUCACAUGCUGCACUGGCCAAUCACAGCCAUGCCAUUAGUAGGCAUGGCUGUGAUGGCUUCUAAGGGCACACAAGUCAAACGCUUGUUGAUUGGCUGCCCUGCAGCUUUUCAAAACACGGCAUUAAAUCGCCGAACACCUAACUCGAACCCGAACAUUCACUGAAAUGUCCGUGUUCGGGUCCAAAGUCCAAAAAUUGUAAUGUUCAGUACGAACACGAACUUUAAAGUUCGGGUUUGCUCAACUCUAACUAUAUAACGUCUUUUCUUAAAAUUCUUGUAUCUUCCUGUGAAAUUUUGAUUUCUUCUUUUGUUAAGAACAGGAGAUUAAAACUUCUACAGUAAACACUGUCUGAUAUUGAAACAGAAGAAACUGAACAUAAAAUAGCUACCAAAGUGAACAUUUCUUCUUAGGAAGUGUUUUGGGAGGCUAUGUGAAUCACAGAAAGAAAAGAUAAAUGGCAGAGAAUUGAGUGUUGAGGCAACAGGAGAAUGAUCUAUACACCAAAACCACUUCAUUAAGUUGUUUUAGUGCUUAUACUGAUAAUUUAGUGUAGUGGUUAUGGUUAUGGUGUCUGACUAGCCUGAUGUAAGUAGCAAAACUAUUUUAGAAGAGUUUGACUACUUACCUAAGAUCUGCUGAAUGUUCAUAGCUCUAUGUCUGAGCGAACCCAGAAGUGCAGGGCUUAGCAAUCAGGUUAAGUGGAUAAGAGAAGACAGGGAGUGGCUCCCCUGUGGACCCCAGAUAAGAAGUCUAACUGUUCUAAACUGAUUUUACUAUUUACAGCAGGGUGUGGAUGCUAGGGCUUUCCUGGCACAUUAACCACUACAGUGCACCAUAAUGGUUAUGGUGCUUGGAGUGCUACUCUAAUUAGUCGUCCCAUUUAAUGACCCUCCACACUUUUUCAGAACCCCUGAACCGAUCUGGGUGAAAUUUGGAUAUGUUUGUCCCCCAGAUCGGGGCUAUCAGGGGAGAUGUAAUUUGUGGGAAUACCUUGUGGGGAAAGGGGUGUUCUAAGUUUUGAGGAAAUUGUGUGCUCUCUGCCUGGAGAUAAUUGGUUUAUUCCUUAACUUAUCUCAAUAUCUCCCAGGCAGAGAGGAGGCGUGUAUUACUGUAAAACUGUGUGUUGAUUGGUUAUUGUCUUUGUUUGCUGUGGGAGGUCCUCUUGCAGGAGGAUUUCUCAUAAAAGCCAGUGUUGUCAAUAAAAUUCAUUCCUGUUACACCCUUCAUGAAGUCUAGGCUCAUGUUUGGGGGAUAUUCUACUUGCUGGGAAGAAUCACCUUGGAACUGCAUUUCAUCUAUCUUAUUCUUCUACUCCCUGCCGCAGCUAUAAUCACUCAAGCUCAGCUGUUGGGAGAGGGAACCAACCACUGUAGGUCUUAACACUUAUUAAAGAGCUUCAGCUCUCCUUUUACUAGCUUGGAUUUACAGGCACUUGAAAUCAUAUUCUGGUGCUCAACCCUUAUCUUCCAGGUAACUGCACCACGUGAACUGAAGCACACAUCUAUAAAUUUCAUGCUGUACCAGACAGCCGCCCACAGCAGUGCAAUGGACCCUGUGUAG